UCGUCAGAGUCCCGGUUAUAUUCUUUCUCCCCGGAGACAAAGGAGAAGCUGCGCAAGUUUCGCCUGACAACAUCUAGAGCCAAAGAUGCGCAAGCCAUUAUUUAUAUAAUCGAUCCCAAGAGCCAAGAGAUUCGACCUGAAGAUGGACAGGUCUACUCCAAGAUGGAAGAUUUGGCGGACGAGCUUCCCGAAUCGUCACCGCGGUUUAUCCUCCUGAGCUAUCCUCUCACCUUGGGCUCUGGUCGUCUGGCAGUGCCAUAUGUCCUCCUUUACUAUCUCCCCGAGAACUGCAACCCCAACCUGCGGAUGACGUACGCCGGUGCAGUCGAGCUGAUGCGUAGUACGGCGGAGGUGAACCGAGUGCUUGAUGUGGAGAGCGAGGACGAUAUCAUCGGUAUUGAAAAGAGGCUACAGGGCGAGGACUGA